GUGAAGCACGUCGGUAAGACCCCAGCGGCCAAGUCCAAGAACCAUCCGCUGAAGAAUUUCAUCAGGGACAGCGGGAUGCCCAGGCGCCCACCUGAGCCUGGCGACGACCUCGACCAGGGCGUCGCGAAACUGUUCCUCCCGCCAGGCGCCUUCAUCUGGCGGUCGAACACGCAGGGCGCGUGGUGCACCAACACGCUGGGGAAGUACAAUUCGGCGAGCUGGGGGACCUACGGCUCGAGCUUCGAGGCGUUCAAGGUGGCCUUGAAGAAGUGCUGGACGGUGUGGCUCCAGCACCACGCCCUGCCGCUGGAUCAUUGCCCCGUGGAGGGCCUGUUCGGCCCGUAG